CGCACCGCCACAUGCCAAGCCGUGCUGCUCCGGGCGUUUCUCCGCCACUGACGGAGAGCACAGAGUUACGGAGUACAUGAAGUAUAUACAGAGUACGGAGUUACGGAGUACAGAGUAGUUUAAUGGGUUUGAAACCAUCUUCCUCCCUGUACAACAUUCGACAGACGCCAUCCGCGGAUAGGCUCCUCUCAACAAGCGACUCUUUUGCCUUCCUCCUGCUCCUUCCGCUGUAGCUUGAUGCUUCUUUUGGGUCGACUCUCGCUCUGAAAUGCCUGAAAAUGGCGGCGAAACCCCUAGAGCGAUAUCCCCUGAUAUCGCAGCUGUGUAAUGUUUUUGGAACUGAUUCGACCCUGCUUGAGUCCGCCAUAGCUGCCGCUGAGCAAGGUGAAGGGGGUUGUUUUCUUCGUCUGGAGGCUCACAUCUGUUUCUCCAAGGUCUCCGAGGCCAACGUCGACCCCCCGAAACCCCUACUCCUGGGUUCGAUUGACCUUCGAAACGGUCAGACUCUAGUCACUCCUGAACCAUCUCCUGGCACUGGGCUCGAAGGUCAGGACUUAGCACACACCGACAGCCAUGAAGAAAGGCCAAUCACCGUGCUACCUUGUGGCAAUUCUAAACCGGCAGAAUCAAGUCAUCCAACGCAAACAGACGAGUACGAGGGCCGAAAACGCCGCAAGGUUGUUGGUGGCCUUCGACUUCGACCUCGGACUUCCUGUUCCCGAGAAGAUGAUCGUGAUUCAAGCUCGUAUUCGAGCUCUCAAACGGAGCCAGUUCGCCAGCUGCGGAGCGAAACGAGGUUCCCCCAGCGGAGUGACUCGAAGAAGGCUUCUCGUGCAACAGGCGAGCCAUCAUCCGUCGACAAGCUCAUCUCUGGGAUAUGGCGGCAACUCCAUUCAAACACGGAGCUGAAUUGGUCUACAUUGGCCACGCAUGCAACAGUUGGUGUCAGCGGUGAGGUCACCGCGGAGCUGUUCAAGGCCGUCAGCAACCUCUGUCUUCGACACUCCAACAAGACACAGACUGCGCGCGCCCUAGAAAUGAUUGUACAAGCCUACUGGACUGAUUGUUAUGAAGCCCGCAUAAAGUCUAUCCGCCUGGAAAGGCCAACUAGCUCUGCGUCAGAAACCCGAAUAGCUGCUCUGAAAGAGGCUUGCUCCGCUCUCGGAUGGGGAGACAAGGAACUCCGAAAUAAGAUGGCCAUUUGGAGGGGUUACAAGGAAAUCAAAGAUGCUGGUGGCUGGGCCAGCCUCGUCUUUGCUAGCUCCGGCGUAUAUCGCUUCUGCAAAUAUCGAACACGAAUAGACGAUGGUUUAGCUUUGAGACUACAACAGAUAAGAUCGGCAGUUGAACUUGCAGCAGACACCCUGCAUCCAAAAUGGCGAGAGCUGCUCAACGUUAUCGGUCAAGGAUCUGUAGCUCUCUACAACGGACAUCCACAUGAGUGGGUUAUAAUGCCGAGUAGAUCGGUUCAGCAUAUAACCUCAACCUAUCGUCACCUCCAAGCAGAAUUUUUGUUUAAGUUCAUCGAUGAGUCCAUUAUUGAUCGCAGCCUCUUUGGCGACAUCGAUCCACGAUAUACACCUGAUAUUGACCAAAAUACUUGCCAAGUCUGCGGACAGCUUCAGUCUGACGAUACUACGCUUAAUCGAUGUGCUUGUUUCCCUGCAUUGUUCGGGGCUCCUCGAAAGCCAGUCCCCAUUCAGAUCUUUCACACUACAAAUGGCAAGAACAACGGUGUCAUAGCUCGCUGUGAUCACGAGAGGGGAGCUGCAAUCGCGGAGUUUGUCGGAUUCAUAACAAACGGGAUUGAGGACCUAGAUGUAAUGGCGGGUGGUUCGAAGAUGCAGGGUUAUCAAAUUUUUCAGGGGCAGAUGGCCAGUUUCAAAAAUUUUAUUGGCGCGGCAGAGAGCAUAUUAUCGUGGUCUCCCGCGGCAUACUAG